AUGAAAGUUGUUAGAUUUUUCACCCUGCCUGCCCACUUUUGUCAUCUUCACCCUCCUUGCCUGUCCACUAUUGUCACAUUCACCCUCCCUGCCUGUCCACAUUUGUCACAUUCACCCUCCCUGCCUGUCCACAUUUGUCACAUUCACCCUCCCUGCCUGUCCACUAUAGUCACAUUCACCCUCCCUGCCUGUCCACAUUUGUCACCUUCACCCUCCCUGCCUGUCCACUAUUUCACAUUCACCUCCCUGCCUGUCCACUAUUGUCACAUUUACCUCCCUGCCUGUCCACUAUUGUCAUUUCACCCUCCCCUGCCUGUCCACUAUAGUCACAUUCACCCUCCCUGCCUGUCCACAUUUGUCACAUUCACCCUCCCUGCCUGUCCACUAUUGUCAUUCCCUCUUCCCUCUUUGCUCUUCUCUUUCUUAACAAAUCUUCAUUAUUACAAAUUUCUAUCCUUUUUAUUUCAAAAUUCCUUUGAAGACCCUCUUCACUUCUUCUUUUUCUUUUCCUUUUCCUCUUUUCUCUUUUCCUUUUUUCCUCUUUUCUCUUUUCCUCUUUUUCUUUUCUUCUCUUUUCCUCUUUUCUCUUUUCCUCUCUUUCCUCUUUUUUUCUCUUUUCUCUCUUUUUUUCUCUUUUCCUCUUUUUUUUCUUUUCUUUUUUCUUUUUUCUUCCUCUUUUCUCUAACGUCUCUUUCCUCUUUUCUCUUUUUUCUUUUCUCUUUCCUCUUUUCUCUUUUUCUUUUCUCUUUCCUCUUUUCCUCUUUUUUUAUCUUUUCCUUUUUCCUUUUCCUCUUUCUCUUUUCUCUUUUUCCUCUUUUCCUUUCUCUUUUCUUCUUUUCCUCUUUUUUCUUUUUCUUUUUCUUUUUCCUCUUUUUUCUUUUCCUCUUUCCUCUUUUACCUUUAUAUAUUCUUUUUUGA